ACGGUCAGUUCAAAAGUUAUUAGGCUAUCUCCACCAGGUGCGCUACAGAGUAGUCUGAAUUAACAGCUGAUUUGUGAUACAUAUUUCAAUAUGUAUCGUGCGUUUACUGUCCAUGGACAAUAACAUGGUCGGUUGAAAUAUUCGUGCGGUGGAGUAGUUGCUGUCACUUAAUUGUCAACCGGGUUGUCAAAAAUUAAUCGAGUUAUUAGGCUGUGUACGCUGACGAAGUCGGCAGUACCAGGAGGAACUGGGAGUACUCCGGAGCAAACAGGAAGGGAAUCGUUCCUGUAUUCUCUUCCUCUUUUUUUUUUCUUCUGGCAGCAAACCGGAGUAAAAAGGAGCAUGAAUUGUUUGCUCCGGAGACACAUCGGUGUACUGGAACAAACAAUAUAAACGCUGUUGGACUAUACCAGUAUAUGAAAAGGCAACUGGCGGGCUAUAAUAUAUGCUGACGCGCGGCUGAUAGUUAUUGGAACUUUGUUCGACACUAAUUGUGGUUCUGAGAAAUCCCCUAGUCAAGCGUGAUGAUCCACAGGAAAAGAAGUUCAUUUUAAGCUGAUGAAAACUAACGAAAACGAAACAUUUGGUUUGGCUUAGCAAGCCAAUGCAAGAUGCACCCUAAUGAAAAAAUUCCGGCGCUAGCUUAGUCUUGUCAGUAAGCUAGUGUCGGAUUCUGAUGAGACGAAGUUGAAAAACAAAUUCCAUAGCUAGUUUAUAGGUUUUUCCACCUUUCAGUUCUACCUUUGGAACCAAAAAUGGAUAAGGUACGAUCAGUUGGCUGUGACAUCUGUGGCAAACUUUGUACCAGUAAUAGUAACCUAGCCGCUCACAAGCGAGUCCACACGGGGGAAAGGCCUUACAAGUGCAACUACUGUGGCAAAGCAUUCAAUCGAAACGGCAAUUUGAAGCAACACGAGAGCAUACAUUCGGACGAACGACGUUCUACCAAAAAUGAUAAGGUACGAUCAAUUAGCUGUGACAUUUGUGGCAAGCUUUUUAUCAGCAACAGUCACCUGAUUGUCCACAAGCGAGUUCACACGGGGGAAAGGCCCUACAAAUGCAACUACUGUGACAAAGUUUUUCCCGCCCAGGGCGAGUGGAAGAAGCACGAAAGAACCCAUACCGGCGAAAAGCCUUACGUUUGCAAAGUAUGUGGUGAGGCAUUUGGGAAAAGUAACCAGCUACUGAAGCACAAAAUAAGCCAUGCCGGCCAGUCACCGCAUAAGUGUGAUGUGUGCGGAAAAGAAUUUCGAGAAAAAGGUAUUCUCAAAACUCACAUGUAUACCCAUUCUGAUGAAAGGCCACUCCAAUGUGACAUAUGUGGCAAAGAAUUCAAGCACAAAGGCAAUUUGCUGCAACACAAACGCAUACACACGACAGAACGACCGUUCAAAUGUGACAUCUGCGGUAAGGCUUUCCUCGAAAACUGCGCACUCAAUUUGCAUAAAGAAAUUCACAUACCCGACAAACAGUACAAAUGUGACGUGUGUGGUUGGAAGUUUACUCAGAAAUAUACCCUAAUGAAGCACCAACGCACUCACGUCAGCGAGCCACAGUACAAAUGCGAAUUGUGCAACGCUGCCUUCUACGUCAACAGUAGACUGAAGGUUCACCUGCGCUCGCAUACUGGAGAGAAGCCCUUCCAAUGUGACAUUUGUGGUAAAUGUUUUUCAAUCAGUGGUGCAAGGAGAAUACAUGUGUUACGUCACACCGCCCAACGCGACCACAAGUGUCCAAUUUGUGAUCGGGCAUUUUACUUUCCAAAAGAUGUGAACUGGCACAUGCGCAUUCAUACCAAAAAAGCUUUGCAACGGGGUAAUGCGAGGGACGAAUCCACUUAGAAGCAAAAAGAAUUGUGAAACUUCGAGUAGUAGCUGUUGUGUACCCAAAUAUUUGGUACAAUACUAAAUUAUACUCUAAAAUAGGUUAAGCUGAUCUGGCGUACCUGCCUUUGCAGAUUUUCAAAUAAAACAGACUGGGAGACGUCGGUCUCUCAUUUCUCAGAUAAAGUUAAGCUUCGGAGUGUUUAAUAGAGUGGUUCCUGACUGUACAUCACGGUGGUCGGAUUCAACGUUGGAUUCAUCGUUUUGA